UUCUUAAUAACAUGAUAUACGCAUGAUCGAAUACCAAAGGCAUGUACCCUAAACGUUACACCAAAAGUAUUGAUGUUGGCGGGGUAACCGAAAACAAGCUUUAUCACGUGAACACGAACAUCCGUUUGCCGUAGAUUUAAGCGAGAACAACACUGGUGGAGUAUAACAGAACAGCAGACCUAUACUAUACACUUUGUUAAUAUUUGAUGUUACAUUAGACUAGAUCAGUACAUGUGUUUUAAUAAUGUGCGGUGGAAAUAAGGUUGAUGAUGAAGACAACACAUCGAAGUCAAAUGAUGCGAACAAAUACGGUAAUCCCAAACAGUAUGAUCCAAACUUCAAAGGUCCAUUGAAAAACAGAUCAUGUACAGACAUCAUAUGCUGUAUCCUCUUCUUCGUCUUUGUGCUGGGAAUGGCAGGAUGUUCGGUUCUUGGCUACAUGCGAGGGAACCCCAUAAAACUCAUUUACCCAACUGAUUCACAAGGAAAUCUAUGUGGAAAUGGGGCAUAUGCAGAUAAACCAAAUUUAAUGUUUUUUGAUCUGCUGCAAUGUGCCAAAAUGGGUCCGAAUGUCAUCCUAAUGGGCUGUCCAACACCACAGGUGUGUGUUAAAACCUGUACAAGCUCUUACUAUGUGUAUUUGCAAACGAAGGCUCUAGAACUAGCAAAUGGAGGCAUGCUCAACUCAGAGAGGAAUAAAAUGUUGUGUAAAUAUAAUGUGGACCGCACAGCAGUAGCAGAUGUCCAGACUCUGAUUGACAAUGAAGACUGUGCCUCCUACUAUGUGGAAACAACUUCAGUGAUCGGCAGAUGUGUUCCAUCAAUUUUCAGUAAAAUUGCUGACAUGGCCUCCACCCUGACUACCACGGACAGCUACCCCCUUCAGCAAGCAGACGGCACCAAUGUGACGGGCUCCUUGCUCGACACUGGCAGCUACUAUAUGGCCCUGUUCUACAAGUACUAUCAGUAUGGUGAGAUGGUGUACAAAGAUGUUGUCAAUUCAUGGCAGGUCAUACUUGUAGGACUUGGCUUGACAAUGCUUCUUGCUAUGAUCUGGAUAGUGUUGAUGAGAUGGAUUGCUGGAAUAAUGAUCUGGUUCACCAUAUUUGCUGUGCUCGGAUUUCUUGGCUACAGUACAUACUUUUCAUAUGUUAAAUACUAUAACCUGAAAACUCAGAAUGUCACGGCAACCUAUGGACUAUCAGAACUGUUUUCUCAAAAUUGGAAUACUGUGUUCAACUUGCAGCAAACAUGGCUGGCAUUAGGUUGUAUAAGUGCCACUGUGUUGCUCAUCUUGUUGCUCAUUCUACUUUGCCUGUGCAUGAGGAUCAGAAUCGCCAUUGAGCUCAUCAAGGAAGGCAGCAGGGCAAUAGGAAACAUGUUCUCUACACUGUUCUGGCCGUUGAUUCCCUUUAUACUGGAAUUAGGUUUUAUUACCUACUGGAUUGCUAGUGCUGUAUAUGUGGCUUCAAUGAGCGAUGCCCAGUAUUACUCUGGUAACACCACCAACACCUCUACAGAUGGCAUCAACUAUGUGCUGUCCAGGAUACCAUGCACACCAAAUAGUACAACAACACUCAACUCCGUAUGUGAAUUUGUCAAAUAUGGAGGAAAUCAGUACACGAUUUACAUGCAGGUUUACAUGGUGUUCAUGUUUCUGUGGAUUCUCAACUUUAUCAUUGCUCUGGGACAGAUGGUGCUGGCUGGAGCCUUCGCCUCCUACUACUGGGCAUAUGAGAAACCCAAAGAUAUUCCGGCAUUUCCACUGGCAGCUUCUUUGUGGCGAACUGUUAGAUACCAUUUGGGAUCAAUUGCAUUUGGUUCUCUAAUCAUUGCCAUCAUUCAGCUCAUUCGAAUAUUCCUUGAGUAUCUUGAUCACAAGUUGAAAGGGGCAGAAAAUGCAGUUGCACGAUUUUUCUUAAAAUGUCUCAAGUGUUUUUUCUACUGCCUCGAGAAGUUCAUGAAAUUCUUGAACAAAAACGCCUAUAUUCUGGUUGCUGUGUAUGGGAAAAACUUUUGCGUGUCUGCUAAAGAUGCCUUCUUCCUCAUUAUGAGAAAUAUUGUUAGGACUGUAGUAUUGGAUAAAACAACUGACUUCGUUCUCUUUCUGAGCAAGCUGCUAAUCACAGUUGCUGUUUUUACAGGAGCAUUUUUCUGGUUUGAUGGACAGAUUCCUUUCUUGACAUCUUACAAACCAGAGCUCAACUUUUACCUAACCCCGGUCAUAAUCUUAACAGUAACUGCUUACCUCGUCUCAUGUGCCUUCUUCAGUGUGUACAGUAUGGCAGUGGCCACUAUAUACUUGUGUUUCUUGGAAGAUCUGGAAAAACAUGAUGGAAGUCCAGAGAAGCCGUACUUCAUGAGUAAAUCCAUGAUGUCCUUGAUGGGCAAGAAGAAUAAGUUUAAGGAACCGUCUGGAAAAGAUUGAACUGAUGCGGAACUGUGUGAACUAUGGUCCCACAACUUUAUCAAAGUGGUCACAGCAAAAAAUCAAAGACAGUGUGAUAGUAAAAACAUGUUGAUAUAUAAUACUCUAAUUGUAGUAGAGUUCUGUUAUCAAAUGCUAGGGAAUAGAAUGAUUGUUAGAAGAUUUUAUAACUUGUUAGAUGUGUUGCCUAUUAACAUAUCACUUACUCAUUUUACCAUUUUUAGAGUUACUUGAUGAGUGUUAUCAGUAGAACAGGAUAUGCUCAUCUUUCAUGACACCUGAUUUCAUCACCAUUUUGUUAGUGAUUUAUGCAAUGUUGGCUUUGUUAAAAUUAUCCUUGGAAAGGAAGGAAAUGUUUACUAUGGCUUUAAACUUUGGCUAUUUUGUGUCUAAUGAUUAUUCUUUAUCAUUCUCACAUAUAUAUCAUAAAUUAAAGUAAAAACUGAGUGCUACAAACAUUAGCAUACAACCGUAAACACAUUUGAUAUACAAACACCUGGUAUUCUAAACAAGAAAAUGUAUUUAGUAUGAAAUAGUAGUCGCCAACAAGGUUCUGUUAUCGCAAAUAUCUUACAAUGGCUGCAAAUUCAGGACAGUCUCUUUAAUAUAUGGCAACAGUUACCAUAUAACUGUUACGAUACUGUGUCUUACUUCAGUGUUGGUUAUGUAUUUUUAUGUAAUCUGAUGUUAACAUUACAUAUCAAAAGUUGUGAAUAGCUUUAACAUAUUGCUGCAUUUAUAUUGUAAAAUAUUGUACAGAUCAUGUGUAAUAUAAGAGUGUCGUAAUACCUAACUCAAUUGACCAACCUGAUUGCCCUUCGCAUCAGAGUCUUUGUCUUUGCAUCUUGUAUUGAUUAUGCACUGUUAACCAAAAAUAUAACUGUGAUAUGAAUGUAAAUUGUGAUUUAAAAAAAAAAAAAAAGAUAUAUAUGUUCUUAUGUCAGAACCAGCAUUAUAUUAAAAGAAAUGCAUUCCACAGAGA